GCCGGCGGGGGAGCGCUGCCGCGGGGCAUGGCCCUGGCGCCGGCCCCGGCCGGGCCCCCGCCGGGGGGUACCUCGGCGGGGGAGAUGGAGCGCUACUACUGCCUGCUGCGGGCCGCCGCGCUGCUGGAGGCCGCCGCCGCCGAAACGACAGCACCCAUCUGUGCUAAGGAUAUCAGUGAUGAGUUGAUGAAGCAGUUUGCUUUUCUUUCUGGUGGCCGAGGGAAGGACAAAGCUUGGAUCAUCACCUUGCCUGACAACUCUCGCUUCAAUGAUGUGCCUGAGGAUGUUGUAACUAAAGUCUUAACAUACCUGACAUCAGUCCCGAGUCAACAUGAGUCGGACACCAAAUUUAUCCUAAUCUUGGAUAGAAGAUUGGACACAUGGACAUCUGUCAAAAUGACUCUCCAAAAAAUUGCAGCAUCAUUCCCAGGGAACCUGCACUUGGUGAUGGUUCUUCGUCCCACAGGGUUUUUCCAGCGCACCUUCACUGACAUUGGAUUUCGAUUUAGUCAGGAGGAUUUCCUGCUCAAGUUACCGGUUGUUAUGCUGAGCUCGGUUAGUGACCUGCUGACAUACAUUGAUGAGCAGCAGCUAACCCCGGAGUUUGGAGGCACCUUGGAGUACUGCCACAGCGAGUGGGUCAUCUUCAGGACUGCAAUAGAGAAUUUUGCACUAACCGUGAAGGAAAUUGCACAGAUGUUACAAUCUUUUGGCACAGAGCUGGCAGAGACUGAGCUCCCAGAAGACAUGUAUUCCAUUGAGCGCAUCCUGGCCCUGCGCACUGAGAAGUAUUUCCAGCUCAAGGAAGAUAUCACAGCAGUCACAAAAGAAGGAAAGUUGCUUUUAAGCAAUUUAGAAGAGCCUGAUGUGGGUGAAUGCAGCCAGGACCAGCACCGUGAGAGGCCUGGAGACUGGGACACUGUGAAUAGGCUACUCGGGCAGCUGCGGGAGAUGGAGACUGCUUUUGAUGGCUUCUGGGAAAAACAUCAGUUGAAAAUGGAGCAGUAUUUACAACUGUGGAAGUUUGAGCAAAGUUUUCAAGAGGUCAAGAAUGCCAUUGAAUUUUUAAUGGGUCAACAAGCAGAACUGCCCGACACUGGGGACAGUGUCUCCCAGGUGAAACAGAGGCUGAAGGACUUGAGUCAUUUUGAUGGCAUGGCUCAGGAUCUGAUAGGGAAGGCUCAGGUGGUGAUACUACAUGGACACCAGCUAGCAGCAAAUCAUCACUAUGCACUCAACUUAAUCUGCCAGCAAUGCAACGAGCUGCGGCACCAUUCUGAUGUCUUGUCUGAUGAGAUCAAAAGGAAGCAGGUGCGGCUGCAGAAGACCUUGGAUCUUCAUACUCGCCUUCAGCAGGCCCUGCAGUGUUGUGAUGAGGGUGCCUACCUGCUUGCCAACCAGCAGAUGGACAAGUGCCAGUCUAAAGAAGGUGCUCAGAAAGCUCUCCAGGACAUAGAAAGAUUUCUUGAAAGCUCUUCGCCCUACUUAAACUAUGAUCCCCAAUCCCUACAGUAUGAUUUUGAGUCAGUCUUAACAGCUGAAUUGAAGUGCCAGAUACAGUCAGUGCAGGUGAAGCUUGAAAAUGUUCGAAGCAUGUUUGAGAAUCGUCAGUCCUGCUUCAAGAAGCUGCUGGAUAAGCACGUGCGGCCCGUCCAGCUGGUGGCCCCUCGGCCAGAAAACCCACCACGAUCAAAGUCACCUUUGUUUUCUCCUAAACAUGGUGUGGAUUUUAAUUCCAGUUUGAAAUUUUCAUUUGACCUCUCUCUCCCUGGGAAGAAAACAUCAAGAAAAACUCCAAGUUCUCGCAAGAUUGAAGUAAUGCACGAUUAUCAGGAAAAACGGAAUUCCUUGCAGUCUUUUAUUUCAGACAGUGAUGACAACUUAGAUAUACUGAAAGGCCAUGUCAUAAAUGAGCUUAUAGAAACGGAGAGAGUGUAUGUAGAGGAACUGUUCACUGUUCUGACGGGCUACAGAGCUGAGAUGGACAACCCUGCCAUGGUCAUCCUUAUGCCUCCUGUGCUGAGGAACAGGAAGGAUGUCCUCUUUGGAAACAUGCCCGAGAUAUACGACUUCCACAACAAAAUAUUCCUGCACAGUUUGGAAAGCUGCCUGGGAGCACCCGAGAGAGUGGGAUUUUGUUUCCUAGACAGGCGAGAGGAUUUCCAGAUGUAUGAGAAAUAUUGUCAGAACAAGCCCCGGUCAGAGUCCCUGUGGAGGCAGUGCUCUGAGAGCACCUUCUUCCAGGAGUGCCAAAGAAAAUUAGAGCACAAGCUUGGGCUGGAUUCCUAUUUGCUCAAACCAGUGCAGCGCCUGACAAAAUACCAGUUGCUUCUGAAGGAGUUGUUAAAGUACAGCACAAGCUGUGAUGGAGUUCAGGAACUUCAAGAAGCUCUGGUUGCAAUGCUGGAUUUGCUAAAAUCAGUCAAUGACUCUAUGCAUCAGAUUUCAAUAACAGGAUAUGACGGCGACUUGAGUGAACUAGGAAAAGUAUUGAUGCAAGGAUCUUUCAGUGUUUGGACAGGACACCGAAAAGGCCCAACAAAAAUGAAGGAUCUUGCCAGGUUCAAGCCAAUGCAGAGGCAUCUCUUCCUAUAUGAGAAAGCCUUGGUCUUCUGCAAGAAGCGAGAGGAUCACGGAGAUGGAUAUGAUAAAACUUCAUCUUACAGUUUUAAGCAUUUUCUGAAAAUGAAUGCAGUUGGAAUAACUGAGAACGUGAAGGGGGAUCAUAGAAAAUUUGAAAUCUGGUAUAGUGGAAGAGAAGAGGUAUAUGUUGUGCAGGCCCAAACAGUAGAUCUGAAGAUGGCAUGGUUAAAUGAAAUCAGAAAAAUUUUAUUCAAGCAGCAGGAGCUCAUAAAAGUGGAGAAGCAGCAGCCUAGCUCGUGCACUGACCAGCUCCACCUCUCCUCCCAGCUGAGUGAUGGAAAGCAGCAGAGAGCCUCCAUAAGCUCAGAAGAGAACGACUCGGAGCGCACCAGCCCAGUGCCACUGGACAGCGUGCUCCUGUCACCCCAGAGCAAACCUCACAGAAGCUGGCCAGGAAUGUCACAGUCCCUGGAGAUCUGUGAGGGUCUGGAGGAGUGGUCUGGCAACCAGUACCUUUCAAACUGCUCAGACACCGAAGAGGAGGAGGGGAACCAGCUGUCUCCAGGAAAAUACAAAGCCCUUGCAGACUGCAAGAGGAGAGGAUCAGAGGAUCUGCUGGUGAAAAAUGGGGACGAAAUUCAGCUUUUGCAUGAAGAUGGUGAGGGGCAGUGGUUGGUGAAAAACCUAAACAGAAGAAAAGAAGGCUGGAUCCCUGUCCACAGUCUGCAGAUAGUAGUCGGUGAUUGUAGAUUUCGGAAUGCCAAAGUUGCAGGCCAGGAAGCAAAAUAGCUCUGCAGGUCCCCAGGUUGCUAAUACUCCACAGACCGCCUACUGCUGUAACACAGAGAACUGACAGCACCUGUGUCACUGAAGGGAAAACCAUGUUAAUCCAGCUGUGCUGCAGCACCCAGCUCAGCAAGCUGAGAGCUCGGACAGCAGAGGUGAGGUCCUUGCUGAAACCCAGUACAGAUGUGUGACAUGUUUCAUCUCAGUGACACGGUGACAGUGCAGGAGCACGACAGCUCCCCUCUUGUGGAGGCUGAGCUCUUGUUCUGCUCUUCUUUUCUCUCAGCAGUGGUAAACAAAUGCAAGCAAAAGAAAACAUUUUGUUCGCUCUAGAAUUUUCACGUCAGAGCCAAACGAGGCCAAUGCAUUUCCAGCCUUUUUCAUCUGACCUUUAAAAUCCAGGCAGAGAGAUGGUUUCUGAUUUUGUCUGACUGCAUGAAGGUUGUGUGAGGCUGAUUUCUUUCAGAGAGAGCACGAAAUAGAGCAGAAUUGAGCCCAAACAUGAGGAGCACUCAGAGCAGCCAUUGGGAGAUGCUCCAUUCCAGGGCAGGUGCUGGCACCCACUUGUUUCAGGGAGCACGCAGGCAGCCACGACGCUCUCACUUUGCAGUGUGAUGCAGGUCUGACCAGGUUCCUGCUCCUGUGCUAUACGUCAGACAUCUUCUAGUUUUGUUCAACAUCCCACUUGGCAAAUUCUCUUCCAAGCCUUAAGGGGAUCCCUGUAUGUGUUUGUGCACGUGUGAGUGCGUGUGUGCUCUUCCUGCUAAGCUGCCCCUCACUUGGAGUGCCCAGAGGACAAAGCUCAUGCACCCUCUGCUCUGACCAGCCAGGGCAGUGGCCUCUUGGCUGAGUUUGAGGCAGCUCUUUACGUAGCACCUUGGGCCACACAGUUCUAAUUUGCCUGAUGAGAGUGCGUGGCUGAAUGCUUGAGCUCUUGCAAGCUAGCGUAAGCAUGUUAGCUGAAAUGUGCAAGUUUUGUGUAAGUUCUGCUUAAAAUGCCACUUGUCAUGUUGCAGAUGUAGCACAGCUGUUUGCACUGUUACUCAUGCACUUUAAUGAUUGCAGCCACAGGCUUUAUGUGAGCAGAAUUAUUAUGCAGGGUCCGUUAAAGAUAAUGUUAAUUUUUGCCUUUGAAAUAUAAAGCAGGGUCUACAUUUACAACCAGCGAUGCCAGCCAGCCUCAUAGAACAGCUAUUUUGUGCCCAUAGAAAGCCAUUUUGCAAUGACGAAAUAAGGACUCUAGAGAUGAUAACCGCUGGCCAUGCUGUGAUAAUCAAGUGAUAGAUGACAGAAACGAGUCAAACCCUGUGGUCUUGCCUUAGACAGGGCUCUCACUGAAACUAAUGGGAGUUCAGCUUUCAGGGAGAACCACGGGAGUGUGCUGGUUUUUUCUUUUAUGUUUUACAAAUGUUACAUGAUUACAGGGAACAAUGUGUUUCUUGGAAUAAGAUGCUUUAACAUUAACAUCAUUCUUCAUUACUUUAUAGAUGCUGCCCUGUGUAACACGCGAAAGUUUAGUUCCCCUUGAGUUAAGGGUGAACUGGUAGCAUCCUGGUUUUGAUGCUCUUGGAAGCUUUCAACUACGUGUUACAGAGAAAUAGCACAAUAGUUGGAGUUUUCCUGUACUAUUCAUCACAUUCACAGAGCUCCACAGCUUCAUCUGCACUGAAUGGGACCGGUGUCCUAAGCAGCUUCUCAUAGUCAUAAAGGAAGCCAUUCUCUGCUCUUUUCUUUCCCUCCACUAUGGAAAGUACAGUGUUUCAUUAUUUUUACCUGCUGUUUUCCAUGACAUCCAUCACGUUUCAUCAGAGAAGUACACCUUGUAUAGAUGCUUGAAAUUUCCUCUGCAGGUUGAAGGCUUUAUCUACUUAUUAGCUGACAACUGUUGAAGCUGAUUGCAAAUCAAAGAGUUGAGUUUUGGUAAACCAAAAACAAACAAAAAACCAACAACAAAGAAGCUGUAUGUUCUGCUUAAUUGAUUUUAUGGAUGGAUUUUUCUUAAAAACCUACUUCAGCUAUGUGAAUGUAAUGUUCUGUAAGAGCAUCAUCUGGCUGACUCACGUGGAAGAUGCAAUAAUGCUACAGAUCCUUUUUUUGCACUUAGGGUCUGAAUCCAGCCCAUUGCAGUCAGUCCCGUUGAUUUCAGUGAGGUUUGGAUCAGGUCGAACUGACAACUCAGGGUUGUCGCCAAUCACUUUAGGGUCCCACAGUGUCCCAAGGCUGAAACCUGUAUCUAGCAAGUGUUGAAGUUUACAUUACAUGUAUGUACUUUUGGAACACGUGCCAUAAAUCAAAGUUAAAUGUCCAUGUUUGCACUAAGGAUGUUCAUGUGACAAGACUGUACUUUUCAGCAUCUUUAUCGAUAAUGCAGCAGUUGAAUUUUCGAGGAAGAAAAGGAAUAUUGAAUUCUCAGUUUAAUUUUGUGUUGCUUUGUCUAGUUUUGCUUUUGUAGAACAUAGGUACAGGUGGUUUGACUUUUAAGCAGAUGUAUGCAAAGAGCAUCUGGCUGUUGAGAACAGGGUUGAUAGUAUGCAUGCCUUACAAGAUGUGCUCUGUCCCGUUGACGCAAAAUGUUUUAUGCCAUGGACUGAAGGGGGACCUUUGUGUUCUGACUUUGAUUUGUGAGCCAUCAAUUCUUAGAUACAGUAUCAAGCUGUUGAGUUCAAACACACUGAGUAUUUUUGGUGACCACUGUUGUAUGGAGGAAUGGUUGAACUGCUCCUUGGCUGUGGCUGCCCGGGGUUCCCCUGGGUUGGGUUGCCAGCGCUGGGGGCAGCCCCAUACAUCCCCAAAGCAGGACCACUGAGUCUGUGCUGAGGAACACUGAGAGGCUUGGAAAGAUCCCAGUGUUCCUCAGCCAUUGGGAAUCAAACCAGGGAGGUUUUAAGUCACUGACGAUUAUUUCUGUCUGUUUUAAAGCUGGUCACAGUGCGCUCGCUAGGUAGAAAAGCAGGAUUCUCUCAAGUUAGUAUGGGGGUAAUUUAUAGUGGUAACUAUUCUUGUGGUACCAGUACACAUUUUGAGGUACAGCUGUAAAUAUUUGUCUCAAACAUAGCACACAUUGCAUAUGAAAUGGUUUUAAUCUUUUUUCUGUCUUCCAUCGUUUUAAAUUUAAGCUUUUAUUAAUUUAUGAGAUUGACUAGCUCUGCAAUUCUGAAUGUACAGUCUGGGAUUUUUAACAUUGGAAACUUUGCACAUGACAUGGUCUAUUACCUUUAAGUAUGCUGUUGAACUAGGCUCUUCAUGUACAUGUUAUUAUAAAUUACAGUAGAGAGUUUUCUCUGACUGCAAGUUUAAAUGAACUAUAUUGUAUAUGUACCUGUAAAAAAAAAAAAUGUGUUAAAUCUAUAUUUAAAGAUUAAAAAGUUGUUAAAUAAAUUCUUAUGAGAAUA